GUUCUUUCCCAAGUUCUCUACAAGAAGAAGUCAUAGUUCAAAUGGAGACUCUAUCAUCAUCGACAACAAGGGUCACUAGAUCGCAGGCUAUCUCUUCAAUCAACAACUCUGAUCCUGACUCUAUAAUUCCCAUUUCAUCAAACAAAACAGAGGAUUCAAACAGAGGAAACAAGGAAGACAGGUCGGCUGCGCUGAUUGAUAUAACCAACGAUUCACCUAUCGUGGGUCUAGCGUUGCAGACACCUCCUUCAGGGUUUAUGGUUAAACGGAGAAGCAGCAGAAUCAAGAACACUCCUGGGUCUGUUGAUGGUGAAGCCCUUUUGAGAGGACAAGUCAAAACCCUCUUACACAAGGUUAAAGAAGAAACAGAGCUUAUCCACUCUGCAAAGACUCAUCGUCCUUUCAUCCACCUCGUCACUUCUCCAAUGAGACUUGUGGCUCCAACUCCAGCAAACACUCCCCAAUCCCCAAACUUUUCAGUUAGUAAUGAUGUGAAGAUUAAGAUCGCAUCCCCGAUUUUUGCUGGUCACUUGAGAACCUCUCAGAUGUUUGAAGAGAAAGAAGAGAAGAGUAUGAGCAUAACUCGUUCUUUGCUGUUUGAUCUCACCGAGAAGACAGAAGAAGAUGUUAGUGGGUUAAUGUGUAAAGGAGAGAAGGAGAUGAGUGUGGAGACGAAGACUCAAACUGAAUUUGCAAGGAAACGUAGCAGAUUUAUGUACAGGAGUAAUGAUGAGAAGACCGUAGAGGUCAAACAAGUGUUGCGUUUGAAAGGGACUCCACCUCUUCCUAGAGGAAAGCAUUUAAGGUUUGGCUACUAAAGAAGAAGAAAACAAAAAAAAAACUUGUAAUUUUUGAUUCUUAUUGGGCUUUGUUUUUGUAUCGGUCACGAAAGAGUGAUCUGUAAUUUCUAGGUCCAAAAAGGCCCAUAAUGUGUGAAAAAUUAAGGAGAAAGGUCGUUUUCGAGA